AUGGCUGACCAACGCUCAUCUAGCCAACAGCGCAUGCUGUUCCAGCCUCUAUCUACUGAAUUCUAUUUAUCCAACCUAUUCGACUCCUCAUCAGAAGCUCCUACCACAUACUCGCCUGCUAAUCCUAUAGAGUGGGAGUCGUUGUUUACUGCCAAUGUCGGUUCUUUACCCCAAUUAACGGGUUUUGACACUCAACCUCUACCGACUUUGCCUUGUCUGUCCAAUCCUAGUCCGGUCGAUGCUCUACCGUCAUCUACUGCUAUACAAACCGAUCCCAAACCGAUCCGUACCAAACGCAAGGCUACAAUCAAUUUGGAAGACAGAGAAGAUCGUGCUCGAGAACGCAUUAUUCGCAAUAGACAGGCUGCUCAGGAGUCGAGAGAACGUAAAAAGUUGCAAAAUGAAAACUUACAGGAAGAAAACCAAAGACUAAAACUGGCAAACGUUCAGUUGUCCGCCCGUCUAGAAACCAUUGAACGAUCUAAUCAAAACCUCAUUGUGAGACUAGAUCACCUGUCACAACAGCUGUCCUUGCUGGUAUCCACGACUGUGCAUCACUCCGACUCCAACAAGUCUGUCAAUAAUCCUCAUAUUUCUACUGCAUCUACUAUCCAUUCUCAUAUUCCUUCCACUUCACUAGCUUCUCCUGCCUUGUCUCCAGAAUCUGUUGCUGUCUCUUCAUCCUUAUCAACCGAUUCUAGCAUUCCAUUCAUGACUCCAUCAAUAUCACAUCCCACUACUGUUAGUGAUCAACUUUCAUUAAAUUUAAUCAACUCUAUACCAUUGAACAAUAAUUCUGUACAUAGUCAGUCUAUUUUCGGCACCUGCGAAUCAGAAGUAUUCGCAGAUCCCCAGAUGUGGGUGCCGAUCAAUGGACUGCCUCUUGUCUUGACGAUUUUUUCCAGUCCCAUUCAAGCUCGUUUGACUUGGCAAGUGUAUCUGUAUCUGGCUCGAUCGCUUCUGCCCUCGCUCCUUGCGACGGUAAAGUCUUUGCCCCAGCACUUUCAGACAACGUCUUUGCCAUGUCUUUCUUCGACCUUGGACUCGAACUGUAAUUCUGUCAAGAAGUACUUGGCUGUUGUGGAUGGUUUACCAUUGAUUACUUUACCUUCUGUUGACCCCUUUACUACUAAUUGGAUUGAAAAUGCCACGUUUAUGAACAAGGGUCGUUUUGUUGCUGUGCAAGACCCUCUCAAUCAAGAAUCUAAAUCUUUGAAUGUGCAUGAAUAUGUUACCUCAUCUCAUCUAAAAUGGCGCAAACAGUUUCCCAUUUCAUCUGACAUCCUCAAUGAUAUGUUGUGAUUCUAUUUUUGGAAUCCAUAUUAAACCUUGAGAUCUUUAUAUAUCCUGAUACUCUUUGUUUAAGUGUUUGAAAAAUAAACUUGUUUUGCAGCCCUUG